AUGGCGAAAGCCCUGCUUUUGCUGCCGCUGCUGGCAGCAGCAGACGGGAUCCACGAAGCACUGGACCAGGACGACACAUGCUCCGACCCUUCUUGUGCCCUGGGCCUGCUCCACGUACGAGGCAAUGCCACCAGUGAGGAGGCAGCAGAUUACCAGCCGGGGCGAGAAACAGGGGUCUCCUGCAUGUGGAGCAACUGCGACACCGCUAAAUUGGGAGAUGUGACCUGUCAUCACUUCCGGUGCAUUUGCAAAGACAAGGCCCAGUGGAGCGAAGAAAGGAAGACCUGCGUCGAGGAAUCGGCUUCCCAGGUCAGUCAGGACACAGGCGGCACCUGCAGUUGGUUUGGCUGCAGCAAGAGCCGAGGAGAAGUGUCGUGCGUGAAGGGACGCUGCUUGUGCAACGAUGGCUACGUGGCCUUCAAGGGGAAGUGCUACAAGACCACCACUACGACAGCUGAGCCCGAGACAACGACAGGCACAUGGCCCGACGUCGUCACCUCCAAGCCUGCGUAUGUGCCGCCACCGCCACCGCCACCACGACACCAUGAUGCCCCAGCACCGUCGCCGCCGAAGUCCGACUCUGACGGCGGCAGCGGCGGCAGCAGUGGUAGCGGUGGCGAGUGUGAUCUUCACAAAGGAUGUGCCGACUUGGGUCUGAAGGGGCUCUGCUGUCCUACGGCCGGGGGCACGAGCCUGGGGUGCUGUUAG